CUGCGCACGUUUUGUAUGAAUGUUUGGGAGUCGAUCCGUUUUGUGUGAAUGUAAACAUUUCGUGUAUAUGUGCACCGGGUUCGAGUCAAGCGGUGCUCCAUCCGAGGGAGGAGAUUUGGGUUCUGGUGCUUCAUUCCAACUCCACCGCAGGGAGGAACGUGGUCGCUUUGACGACAGCGAGAGGGAAGAAGAGGAGAGGACGUCGGGUUCGUCGGUUAGAGGGGGAGACCGUAGGGUGCUGAGCAUUCCGGGUGUUGAGAUGAGAACACCGGUCCAGGAGCGGCCCUUGACGUCAACCAGGGGUCACACAAUGGGGUCGGGGGGGAGGUUUUCUGGCGUCUUGUCCGGUGGAGAGGAGGGUGAACAGCAGUCAUCGCAAAAGAGAAGGGGAGAUUCCCGUGGAGACGCGGCGGCUGCAUCAAAAAAACAGAAGACAAAGGCCCUGCAGAUGUCAGGGGGAAAAAGGAAGGGAGGGGAGGGGCAUGUGGGCGCUCCGAGCCGCAAACGCCCAUCCUCGGCGCUGAUUCAGCCCGUGUCCGUCCCUGUGCAGCAGACGGGUCCGAUCGACGUCGAUGCGGCGUAUUUCCUCGAAUGGAAAGACGGCGUGCGCACAAAGCACGAGACACCCGUUAACACGUCGCAAGUCGUCGACAUCGGGGAGUGGGAAGCGGGGUACAACCAGCGUUCCUUGGAUCCGGUGCAUACACAGCUGAUCAUCGACGCGAUGACGACGGCCUACUCGCACGCCUUGAAGACUUACGAGCUGCCCACACUGAAGCUGGCGCCGCUGGAGAAACCGAAGCCGGGGGUGCGUGCACAGCGUCUGAAGCCCGAGGACUGGAAGGACGAGCUGGCGGACUAGACGCUGCUUGGCACAGACGUGGAGGUGAGGUACGACUUUGAGAGGUGGCCUGCGCGAAUGGUGUACUUCUCCGACGCGGACUUCGAAGGGUAUUUUCUGGUCAGCGCCGAGGAUAACAAGAAGGACCUGAAGGCGCCUCCCAGACAGCAAAAACUUUCGAUGAAGGACAUCCGGUGGUGCUGGAAGGAAAAGGGUUACCCAAGAGCUGUUAUGGGGAACCCGAGCGGGAAACAGACUCAGGUGGAGUCUUGGCGCCGGUUUUGUGAAGAUGCGCUUCAAAAGACGUCGUACAAUCAUUUGUGGACACUCGCUGACGACAAGACCGAGCAAGGCAUAAGGAAGCAGAACGCUGCCCUUCGAUCUUAUUUCCCGCUUGCGAUGGCCAGUGAGAGCGCGUGGAAAAUGGGAAUGGAAUUUUUCGAGAAAUGGGAGACGGGCAGACUGUUGGCACCCGAAGGGGCGAAGUGGAUCGCGAAGAAGAAGAAGGUGAAGGGCGUGAAGGCCGGUGUGAGCCACAUCGAACAUGAUAAGACCGGGCGAAAGGAGGUCGUCUACAACAUCCCCAUGAAUGUCGUCGAGUUGGAGAAAGCGGUUGGGAUCACGAAGUGCCACACUGCCGUUCUUGAUUUGUGCGAGCCUGUGGACAUCACACAGUGGACACAGCAAGCUUUCGAGAGUUUGAAUGCCCUUCUACAACAUUUGUUCCCUUCGCACUGGACGGUCGUUGCUUUCGUCCCCCGGGAGCACGACUACUACUUCAUGACCAGUCUGCGCCAUCUGUCCAUUGUCAAGGUAAUGGCAGGAAAGUGGGUGAGGAGGCCGCAGCAGAAAAAAAGCUUCGCGGUCGGCAACAACUUGUACUCAGUGGACGACCUCAUGAACAUCCUCUUCAAAGCUGACGACUUGCGGGAGAACACGUAUGUGGUUUACGACGCGAGGUUGGAGGUGGGUGAUGCUGCUGCUGUGGGGGCACAUGUCAAAGUCACACCGACGGACGUCUCGGAGAUGCCGUUCGAGCCUUGUGAAUGGCCCCUGGUCAUACCUGGCCGUGACCACAAAGUUUACAAGGACAUAGAACGGAACCCCGCGCAGUUGGCCCAUCUGCUGGAAUUCGUGUGCAAAAAGGGGGAGGGUGUCAUGUUUCUUGGGAAGGCGCACGCGCAAGUAGUGUGGGAGGCUUUGAAGGGCGGUCGCAACGUCAUCGCGUUGGAGGGGAAUUCAGAGUUGCUGCAAUACACGUUGGAUUUCCUGAAAGGCGCGGUCAACUCUGGAGCCCACCGCUGCGAGUUUAUUUCGAGGACGGACAAACCACGAUGUGCUUGGGAGCCGUCCACGGACAUGUGGUUCAAGCUAAGCGAGAGGAAAAGGGACAGGAUAUGCAAGUUCCUCCUCCUGGAGAAGCGGCCCAGGAGGGACAGCGACCCUGAGUAUAUUCGACGCAAGGAGCACAUGUUGGCGUUGCCGGACAACUACCACGGCGCCUCGCGUUUGAAUGCGAAGAACUUCCUGGACCGGAUGGAGUGUUUGUACUUUGUCGAGUCGGAGCAGGAGCUCAGGGUCGCGAGUUACAGUGCAUUGAUUGACACAGACAAAGUGGCAACGACCGGAUUCGUUUUCGACACGAAUGUUCCGGAGGAGGAUAGCGACACCGAGGAAAUCGCCCUGAAUUACCUCCCUGCUCCUGUUCUUCCACCCCCGGGCUCCUCGACGGCAGGUGCAUCGUCAAGCCAGGCCACUCCAGCGACGCCCAACGUGGAGUCGCCUCCUUUGGGCGCCGCGAAGUCCGUCGGCGACCACGCUGCAUCCACCAUACAUUGGUCGGCCCUCCCCUCGACGACUGAUUUGGCCACUUCCGUUGGCACCAGGAGAGGCUCGAGUGCCGGUGUUCCGAUCACCAGCAUCAAGUACAAGUCCGCCGCCAUCCGAACGAAGCACCCUGAGGUGCACGAUGGGGAGCCCGUCCUGCGCAGCGCUACCGGAGCAGAAGUAUCGGAAACGUGUGGCAAAACGAAGUCCGCCAGAAUCCGCACUUCGGUUUCGUCCGGUGCGACGUCCGACGACUUUCCUACGCGGCAGGGGACGGCGUCGGCCGUCGGAGAUGGGCAGCGUGCAGAGUUCAAUGCACGGUUGGAUAGCGGGGCGCCGUCUGUGCUCUGCAAUUUGAACUCCGCCAGUAACCGAACUAGCUGGGGAACGGACCUGCAGCCAGAUGUCGUCGGGCGGGCGGAAGAUGAGACGUGUGCGGGGACAGAAGACUUGUCGACGGGAGUCGACGUGAGGCCAGUGGGAGGAGCUGAUAUGCGCAAGAGGGAUGGGGGGGAGGAAUGGGUACAAGUGGAGGACGACCAAGAAGAACUUGAAUGGGAAGAAGGUGGGGGAGGAGCGAAAGGGGAGGACGAACGGCCGGAGGGUGGAGAAGAUGCUGGCUGCGGUGAGUCGUCUGACUCGUUCGGACACUUGUACACGAUGCAACGCGGGGGUGAUGUCGACGACGAAGCGACGACAAUGGAAAUGGAGACUCAGGUUGCCGGCUGCCAGCAUCUGACGUCCCCGAAAAAAAGCAGGGCGGUCGCUCAGCCUCUCGCGGUGCUCGCCUUACCCGCGCCCCGGUCGCCGAUGAAGGAACGGAAGGAGAAACCGGCUGGUAAGCGUUAAUGAUCUUCGCCACGUCAGCAUGCUAACGUCU